GACGGAGAGCUGCUGUCUGCCUCCUCUCCGGCGGUGCUGCCUCCCUGUCGCUGCAGUGCUUUGCUGCUCUCCUCUCUCUCUCUCCUUCUUUCUCCCUUUCUUUUCUUGCUUUCGUACCAAGCGCCUCGCUUCUUCCUCUUUCUCACCCGUCUCUCCCACAUCUCUCUCCUCCUCCCUGCGGAUGCCUCAGCCUCGCACCCCCGCCCCAGCAUCCCGGCAAAUGGUCGAUCCAUCCCCGGCAACUCUGGACGCAGGACGCAGCGAAAAGGCGCACAGCUCCGUUUCUGAUCUGAUCUGAGCACACUGCGGAUUGACUUGAAAGAGGGGCGGACCAGGGACAGUAGGGAAACGAGGAGAAGCCUAACAGUGGCCGGGAUCUCAUUUCGUGCUGUCUAGCCUGUGUGCUGUCGGUCAAGAUUUCCCCUUGGCCUGAUUUGGAGAAGCAAUGCCAGUGCCAGAGCAGCCUGCAGAGCAGGAGAAGGGGGCCAUGGUCCCCCCUGUGAUGCCGGCCUCCAAUGGAGAGAGAUCUGAGACAGAGACGACCUCCUCCAUCCUCGCCUCUGUCAAAGAGCAGGAGCUUCAGUUUGAACGUCUGACCAGAGAACUGGAGGCUGAACGUCAGAUUGUUGCCACCCAGCUGGAGAGAUGCAAGUUGGGAUCAGAGGCAGGCAGCAUGAGCAGCAUCAGUUCAGCAGAUGAACAGUUUCGCUGGAACUCCCAAGCAGAUGGACAGAAGGAUAUUGAAGAUGAGCUAACCACAGGCUUGGAGUUGGUGGAUUCCUGCAUUCGCUCUCUUCAGGAAUCAGGAAUACUUGACAGCGGAGAACGACCAGCUCUUCUUUCCCAGAGUUCCUUGCAGCUCAACUCCACCCCGGAGGCUUCGCUCCAGUACUCUGCCAGCUACCAUAGCAACCAGACCCUCGCCCUUAGCGACAGCAUCUCUGCAGCAACUCCUCAGCGUAGCGGGCAGGUUGGAGGAGCCGUGCACAGCUACAACCAGGUGACAUCUAGUCGUGCAGCCCAGCAGCAACAAUCACAAACUGGGGCAGGGUCAGGUAUCUACUAUUCCAGCUCCACCCUGCCCGCCCAGCGUGUCAGCUCCCCUUUGUCUGGAGGAGGCUCAGGGUCCGGCUCUCCCAGUAAACUCCAGCGCCUGGGAUCAGCCUCCGACACUCCGGGGUACUCCACCACUCAGCGCCUGCCCUCCUCUUCCUCCUCCUCUUCUCCCAGCAAACAGUCUCCUGCUAAUCGGCUGGCCAAAUCAUACAGCACCACAGUUGCUGUGACAACAGCAGGAGGGGGCGGGUCUCCCCUGAGGGUGGCAUCACCACCCAACUCGACAGCGGCAGGGGGAGGGGCCAGUUCAUCAUCGUCCCCUCUUCACCAGAUGAGUUCGGGCAUAGGGAGCUAUGCCACUCUGUCUCCCAAACGACUGGCGGCUCAUCACGCUUCUGAUCAGUACAAGAUCUCCCACGAGCUGUACGCUACUGCUACACUGCAAAGGCCUGGAAGUCUAGCAGGCUCUCGUGGCUCCUACAGCAGUCAGCACAGUCAAGAGCCCCUGCGGCCCUUGGGAUCCCCAGAACACCACAUAGAUCCCAUCUAUGAAGAGCGCGUCUACCACAGCAAGGGCCCCAUGAGGAGCCUCAGCCAGAGCCAGGGGCCGGACACAGGCCCCUACCGCAACAACACUGACCUGACCAUGCGUGUCCAUGACCAGGUCCAUGACCUAAGUUAUGUCCUCUGUCCCUACUUUCCCACCAUAGCUCCCUCCUCCCCUGGUGUCGACUCCGCCCCUUUGCAGCGCACAGGAAGCCACGGCACCGGGACAGGAAACUACAGCCGUGGCGGGACCAACAACUAUGCCACAGUGGGUCCAGGCUACACCUCGAGUGGAGGCGGCGGAGGGGGAAACGUUUAUGGCUCGGAUCCCUAUGUGGCAGACCCUUACCGUACCCUGCAGUACUGCCCCUCGGUGGUGGAAUCUCCCUACAGCAAGUCUGGACCAGCCCUGCCACCCGAAGGCAGCCUGCAGCGUUCACCUUCCAUCGACUCUAUCCAGAAAGAUCCCAGAGAGUUUGGGUGGAGAGAUCCGGAGCUGCCAGAGGUGAUCCAGAUGUUACAGCACCAGUUCCCAUCGGUGCAGUCCAACGCUGCAGCUUACCUACAGCAUCUCUGCUUCGGAGACAACAAGAUCAAAGCUGAGAUCCGUAGACAGGGAGGCAUCCAGCUGCUGGUUGACCUGCUUGACCACAGGAUGACUGAGGUUCACCGCAGUGCCUGUGGCGCCUUGAGGAACCUGGUGUAUGGCAAGGCCAACGAUGAGAACAAAGUGACCCUGAAGAACUGUGGAGGGAUUCCCGCAUUGGUUCGUCUGCUGAGGAAGACUGGAGAUGUGGAAAUCCGAGAGCUGGUCACAGGUGUGUUGUGGAACCUGUCGUCAUGUGAUGCACUGAAGAUGCCAAUCAUCCAGGAUGCUCUGGCCGUUCUGACCAAUAGCGUCAUCAUACCCCACUCUAACUGGGAUUCCUCCCCCAAUCACCACGAUGACCGCAAGCUCCACCUUCAUACCUCCCAGGUGCUGCGCAACGCUACAGGCUGUCUCAGGAAUGUAAGCUCAGCAGGUGAGGAGGCAAGGCGAAGGAUGAGGGAGUGUGACGGCCUGACAGAUGCUCUGCUGUACGUUAUCCAGACCUCUCUGGGCAGCAGUGAGAUCGACAGCAAGACUGUAGAGAACUGCGUUUGCAUCCUGAGGAAUCUGUCAUACCGACUGGCUGCUGAGACAUCCCACGGCCAGCAGGGGGGGUUGGAGGAGCUGGAUGGCUUGCUUUGUGACGCCAACGGCCGCGAGGGAGAGAGCUCCGGCUGCUGGGGCAAGAAGAAGAAGAAAAAGAAGGGAGGGGACCAGUGGGAUGGCGUGGGCCCCUUUCCAGACACAGCAGAGCCCCCCAAAGGGGUUCAGAUGCUGUGGCACCCCACCAUCGUCAAGCCCUACCUCACUCUGCUGUCUGAAUGCUCGAAUCCUGACACACUGGAGGGUGCAGCUGGGGCUUUGCAGAACCUGGCUGCAGGCAGCUGGAAGUGGUCAGUGUACAUUCGAGCUGCUGUCCGUAAGGAGAAAGGCCUUCCCAUCCUGGUGGAGUUACUGAGGAUAGACAAUGACAAAGUAGUGUGUGCUGUCGCCACUGCUCUCAGAAAUAUGGCUUUGGACAUAAGGAACAAGGAACUCAUUGGUAAAUAUGCCAUGAGAGAUUUGAUCCAUCGGUUACCAGGCAGCAGUAGCAGCAGCAACAAUAACGCCACCAGCAGUGGGAACUCUGGGACCACAGGCCCUCCCAGCAAGGCCAUGUCAGACGAUACGGUAACUGCCAUCUGCUGUGCGCUGCAUGAAGUCAUCACCAAAAAUAUGGAGAAUGCAAAAGCUCUACGUGAUGCUGGUGGCAUCGAAAAACUCAUUGGCAUCGCCCGCAGCAAAGGAGACAAGCACUCAGCAAAGGUGGUAAAGGCAGCCUCUCAAGUCCUCAGCAGUAUGUGGCAGUACAGAGACCUGCGCUCCCUCUACAAGAAGGAUGGUUACUCCCAGUAUCACUUUGUUGGCUCUGCUUCAACAAUAGAAAGAGACAGACAGAGGCCAUACUCCUCCUCACGAACUCCCUCUGUGUCUCCUGUCAGGACUUCACCAAAUAACCGCUCAGCGAGCGCUCCAGCCUCCCCCAGAGAGAUGAUGAGUCUGAAGGAACGCAAGAUGGACUAUGAUUCCACGGCAACCAACGCUGGUUUCCAUAGCAACAAAGGAGAGCACACAUCCCGGAAAGACGGCAUGGCAGUCCAAGUGUCCUGUGGGACUUCUACGUUGUUCCGGAACUCCUACCUGACUGCCAGCGAUGAUAUUAAGCAAAACCAGGGUCCAGUCCAGCCCUGCGUCCUGCCCCCCCAGCCCCAGCAGGACAGCCCGUCAGCAGCCGUGCUAAAAGACUACGACCCCUACCCUCCCCCUCCUUCCUUCCCUCAGCCUCAGCCGCCGCAGCCUCCGCCUCACAGCCAGAGUCGAAGCUUCGAUGAGGCUUACUACGAGGACCAGGGACCACCACCUCCACCUUCCCAAUCACAGCCUCAGGUCCAGGCACAGGCCCAGCCUCAGGCCCAACCCCAGCAGCCUCCAAGCGCAACCGGACCACCCCGGGACCCGCGGGAAGAUCUGCGUAUGCAUCUGGGCCUGAAGUCCACCGGCAACUACGUAGACUUCUACUCGGCCUCUCGGCCGUACAGCGAACUAAACUACGAGACCAGCCACUACCCGGCCUCACCCGACUCCUGGGUCUAGUUAGACUAUAGUGAUGGGGGGGGGGCAAUAGAGAGUCUGUGUGUGCUUGUGUGAAAGGGAUUAUUUUUGCAACAGCAGAUUAACACAAGGUAACUAUAAGUGGCAUUUUGAAAAGGGACCUUGUAGCCAGUGGCAGGAAAUACGCGUUCUCUAAAAUAAGCAGGAAGACAGAGCCAGAUGGAUUAAAGACAUGAAGUCAGGUCGAGUGACGAAGAAAGACUGUGCAUGUGCAUGCGAACAUUUUCCUUUUUUUUUUCAGACCACUUUAUUUCUUUAAAGUCAGCUCCAUUUCACCGUUGAGUGGAGCUAGUUGAAGUAGAUAUGAAGAAGUGUGUUUGACAGGGUAAGCAAAGAGUGGGGAAAGGAAUAUGAAAUGAGAGAAAAUGACCAGGUGGAGAGAGUAUGCAGAUACCUAUAGGGGAGGAAAGGUAGAUAAUGGGGAGUAGAUGAGGGAGAGCCUUUACUCUGUAGGAGCAGAAAGUGACCUGACCUUCUGUCGACGUCAAAGAGAGGAAGAGAGGGAUGAGAGUCAAAGAUGGCAUGAAGGUUCUUGAGGAGGUCAGGAAGAAUAAAAGAAAAGAGAAAGAUGAAAGCACAUCAGGCACAAGGCAAGAAGUGGAUGUUUACCAUUUCACCCAAGUGACAAACGUAGCACUGCUUUUAUCCCCCCUUUUUGUUGCAAUGGCCUUGCUGCCUCCAGAGGCUUCUGAAUUUGUUUUCAAGGAAUGUCAUGUUCCAAGAGACUUCUUUUUUGUCAUCAUUCUUUUACAUCUUUUUUAUUUGUACUUUUCUAAAUUUUCACUUUAAAAAAGCAUUUUUAUUUUCUGUGUACAGUUCAAAGGUGAUAUAGUGUGUAUAUUACACGUUUUUGAUGGGCCACUUAUGAAAACAUGGUUUAUUUUCCACGACUGACAACUGACUGAAACAACAAAAGCAACAAAAACAAGUGAAACGUGAAACACAAGAAUCAGAAAAGACAGACAACAUCAGGAUGACUGUCAGCGGACACUUUUGUUUCUGUCCCUUUCCCAGCCAGAGAGGAAGCCCUGCAAUAUUUGUGUUUUUCUCUCUCCAUCAAGUGAAUUUCAUUGUGGACUUGAUCAAACGUGAAGAGCAGUUCAAGGCUGCCGGGCCAUCAGAUUGGCAGGUCAGCAUCGCUCCCGAUUCCCCGUCAACAAAAGUGCUUUUUCACUGCCUAAGAAAUAUGUGUAUGUUUAAAGCACACUCUCUGUCUUUGGAAAGGGUUGUCUUUUCUCUCUGAUAUGUUUGACAGUGUCAACUUUCAGUGGUUUCUCAUCAUCACUUGUGCAUAAAGACUGGUCUGUUCAACAAAAGCCACCAUGAAUAUUGUACAUGUCAGUGUACAGUAGAGAAAAAGAGAGACUUGACAUUGUGCCAAACUUUGACACAUCGUGGACCAGUCCUAGAGGACUUUAAAGGGAAAUUUUGUCGAAGUUUACAGACAAUGACUGGAUGACUCCCUCUGCUGUUUGUAACUUUUAUUUUCUUGUGUUUUGAUCAGGUGAAGCCGUACUUAUUGCUGGCGAUCAUGGGUAACGUCUCACUCCCAUAGAUGUACAGACCUGCCUCUCUGUGUUGGCUGAGCGAGCGUGUGGGGGUGUGUGUAUGUGGACACGUGUGCGUGUGUGUGUGUGUGUGUGUGUGUGUGUGUGUGUGUGUGCGUGUGCGCGCGUGUUUGUGUAGAUGUGCAUGUAUGUGACAGAAUGUGUGGCCUGUGUGUGUACACGUAAACUUGAGCGAGCGUAUCUAUGCAUGCAUGUGUGUAGUAGUGUGUGUAUGCCUCUGUUGUGUGUAUGUGUGUGAGCAUUCCUGUAUAAAUCAAUGUCCAAACAAGGCAUUCCUACUGACAGUUUGUCCAGUUUUACAACAUGAAAAACCAAGGUAAAAAUCACUAGAAUGAAUUGUUGAUAUAGAAUGACAAAUCUAUAAAUAUAUGAAUAUAGAUAUAAAUAUAUAUAUAUAAUUUUUAUGUGCUGAUGUCAGUGUCACUAAAUGCAACAAAUGUUCGCAGAGAAAAAAUGAUUAUGUGGUGUACAACAGGACUCUUGUUCACUUGACCUAAACAUGGAAACUGCUGAUCGGGACCCCCCUCCCCCCCCCCCCCCCCCCCCCCCCACCCCAAUUGAGACAAAAGAGAAACCCCACCUGAAGAUGCUCAGGCUCUGGUGCGAGUUGUGUGUUAUUGUGUGUCCAUGCUUCUUAGAUGACCCUGCUGAGAGAGGACCGUACUUGAACACAAGGAAAAAUAAAAAGACUCUUUGCAAUCAAA